GACCUUCAGACUCUCUGGCCUCGUGUCGUUCUGAAGUGCCCUUGAGCCAGACGCUGAACUCGUGCCAGAGAGAAACCCGAGAGCCAUUCCAGCAUGGAGGGGAGGCGGGGUCUUGUCCUCAGCCUCAUCAUGGCAGCGUGUUUCUACGGCAACGCCGCUCAGAAGACAGUCUGCACUCAAGAGGCUGUGGCCGACAUCGUCUUCAUGGUGGACGGGUCGUGGAGCAUCGGCACCGAGAACUUCAAACAGAUCCGUCAGUUUCUGUACACGCUGGUCAACAGCUUCGACGUCAGGCCUGAGCAAGUCCGCAUCGGGCUGGUCCAGUACAGCACCACUGCACGCACAGAGUUCCUACUCAACACCUAUCAGAGCAAGAAGGACAUCCUCCAGCACAUCAGCAGCUUACCUUACAUGGGCGGUGGCACCCAGACGGGGCUCGGCUUGGACUUCAUGCUGAACGAGCACUUUGUGGAGGCAGCUGGAAGCCGAGGGGGCCGGAAUGUUCCGCAGAUCGCUGUGGUGAUCACCGAUGGCAAAUCACAAGACAAUGUGGAGUCCCACGCUCAGGAUCUGAAGAGAAAGGGAAUUGUUUUGUAUGCAAUUGGUAUCAAAGAUGCAGAUGAAGACCAGCUGAAAGAGAUAGCCAAUGAGCCGCACAGCCAGCACGUCUACAGCGUGUCUGACUUCGCAGCGCUGCAGGGAAUUUCUCAGAGCAUCGUCCAGACGCUUUGCACAACUGUAGAAGAAGUCAAACGACAACUCCUGCAAUUGUCUCAAGAAUGUGCCAAAGCCACGGUUUCCGACAUCGUGUUCCUGGUUGACGGCUCCUCCAGCAUUGGCAUCAAUAACUUUAAGGAGGUCAAGAAGUUUCUCCGUAGCGUAGUCAACGGCCUGGACAUCGGCCCUGACAAGGUUCGGAUCGGCUUGGCUCAGUACAGCGAUGAAACUACCACAGAGUUCCUGCUGAAGGAUCACAUGGACAAGAACUCCCUGCUGGCUGCAGUAGACUCCUUUCCCUACCGAACAGGAGGCACCGAAACGGGCAAGGCUAUUGAAUAUCUCCUGACGCAGUUUUUCACAGAGGAUGCUGGGAGCCGAGCCAGCCAGCGUGUGCCUCAGAUCGCUGUGGUCAUCACAGAUGGAGACUCCACGGAUGAUGUGAUAGUGCCCGCCCAGCGCCUGAGGCAGCAUGGAGUCAUAGUGUUUGGCAUCGGGGUGGGAGCAGCCAACCACGUAGAGCUAGAGUCCAUCGCCAACCGGCCUCCAGAGCGCUUCCUGUCCUCCAUCAAUAACUACCAGGCUCUGCAGAGUCUGACCGUAGGUCUGCUGCAAACUGUUUGCAUCUCCGUGGAGGAUCAGACGCAAGCCUUGGCAGAAAAUUUUGCAGACAUCUUCUUCCUGGUCGACAGUGGCAUUUCUCAGCCGGACUUCCAGCAGGUCAGGACCCUCCUCACCCGACUGGCCAAUCAGCUAAACAUCAGAGCGUCUGCCUACCGUCUGGGCUUGGCCCAGUACGGUCAAGGUAUGAAGGUGGAAUUUCUUCUAAAUGCUCACCAAAACAAAGAGGAGACUCAAAACGCUGUUAAGCGUUUCCGCCAGCGGAAACUGCAAACCAAUGAGCCGCGUCAACUGGGCAACGCUUUGAAGUACGCCAGCACUCACUUUUUCACCAGUGAGGCAGGGAGCCGGGCGGACCAAGGCUACCGACAGUUCCUGGUUGUAAUAAGUGGAAAAGACUCCGAUGAUCCCGUGUAUAAGGAGUCACGUGUGAUCAAAUCCUCAGGAGUAACUGUGGUGGGGCUGAGCCUCGGUGCAACCAUGCAGGAAAUGCGUGUGGUAGCGACUGCACCGUACAUCUACCAGUCCAUCAGCAGCGUACCGGCACUGAGGGCUAUCUUUGAAACAGAGGUGGCAGAGACCAUUCUCACUGGAGAAUGCAAAGCAGCCAAACUGGCCGACAUCGUGUUCAUCGUUGACGAGUCUGGAAGCAUUGGGAGAGACAACUUCCAGCUGGUGCGCUCUUUCCUCCACUCGAUUGUGAGCAACCUGGAUGUCAGUCCCUCUAGAGUCCGAGUGGGCAUCGUUACGUACAACGAAAAGCCCACAGCACAGGUCUACCUCAACACCUUCAAUGACAAGAAUGAAACCCUCCAGUUCAUCAAGAUCCUGCCUUACCGUGGAGGCGGUACGUACACAGGAGAGGCCCUGAAGUUUGCCCUGAAUGAGGUUUUUAUCCCGCUAAAAGGAAGCAGGAAAGCCAAGGGUGUCCAGCAGGUGGCAGUGGUGAUCACAGAUGGUGAAUCCCAGGACAACGUGAGCACUGCGGCAGCUAAUCUUCGUCGCAAAGGUAUCACCGUUUACGCAGUAGGGGUCAAAAAUGCCAACGAUGCCCAGCUGGUAGAGAUGGCGUCUUAUCCCCCCCAUAAGCACAAGUUUACUGUGGACAGUUUUGCCAAGCUGAAAGCGCUGGAGCAGAGCUUGCAGAAAAUGCUUUGCAGUAACAUCCUUCGGCAAGCAGUCUCAGUCAGUACAAGAAGAACUGGCAUCAAAGAAGGUUGUGUACAAACCGACGAAGCUGACAUCUUCUUCCUGAUUGAUCACUCAGGAAGCAUUUACCCCAAAGACUUCCAAGACAUGAAAAAGUUCAUCAUUGAGUUUCUACAUACCUUUCAUAUUGGGCCACAACAUGUCCGCAUGGGGGUUGCAAAAUACGCAGAUGAUGCAGAUUUAGAAUUUGAUCUGACAACUUACUCAGAUGCCAAGACAUUGGAGAAAGCCGUAGAGGGUAUUAGACAAGUAGGAGGUGGGACAGAAACAGGAAGAGCGCUGGAAUUCAUGGUCUCACACUUUGAGAGAGCCAAGGUCACUCGUGGUCACAAAGUCCCAGAGUACCUGGUGGUCAUCACAGAUGGAAAAUCCUCUGAUGAGGUCAAGGCUCCCGCUGAAAAACUGAGGGCUCAGGGCGUCACCGUCUACGCCAUCGGGGUGAAAAAGGCAGAUGCAGAGGAACUUGAAGAGAUUGCCGGCGACCCUAAGAGGACUUUCUUUGUCAAUAAUUUUGAUGCUUUGAGGCCCAUCAAGGACGACAUCAUCACAGACAUCUGUUCUCAAGACGCUUGUAAAGAUAUACCCAGCGACCUCCUGUUCUUGAUUGAUAGUUCUGGGAGCAUCUAUCCAGAAGACUACGGGAAAAUGAAAGAGUUCAUGAAAUCUGUCAUCAGCAAGUCCGUCAUUGGGCAGAACGAGGUGCACGUCGGUGUCAUGCAGUUCAGCACCAUCCAACAAUUAGCCUUCCGCCUCAACCUCUACUACACCAAGGAAGAAAUGUCCAAAGCCAUCGAUGACAUGCAGCAGAUUGGUGGAGGCACGCUUACAGGUGAAGCCAUCACCGAUGUGUCGCAGUACUUUGAUGCAACCAGAGGAGGGCGUCCUGACUUGAGGCAGAGGCUGAUAGUGAUAACAGACGGCGAGGCCCAGGACCAGGUCAAAGGCCCCUCAGAAGCUCUGAGGGCCAAGGGAGUGUUAGUCUACGCCAUUGGAGUGGUGGACGCCAACACCACCCAGCUGCUGGAGAUCAGCGGUUCUCCAGACAGGACGUAUGCUGAGAGGGACUUUGACGCUCUAAAGGACUUGGAGAGCGAGGUGGCCUUGGAGCUCUGUGAUCCAGUGAGAGAGUGUAAGAAGACAGAACGAGCUGACAUUAUUUUCCUGGUGGAUGGCUCCACAAGCAUAACUCUGAAGAAGUUCAGAAGCAUGACGAAGUUUAUGGCAUCAAUGGUGAACCAAACCACAGUUGGCAAGGACCUGACUCGCUUCGGGGUCAUUCUUUACUCCAACGACCCCAAUUCAGUUUUUACUCUAAAAAAGUAUUACUCCAGACGAGAGGUUCUUAAUGCAAUAGAAGCACUGAAGUCCCCGUAUGGAGACACCUACACUGGCAAGGCUUUGGCAUACUCUUUAGAGUUCUUCAACGAUGCACAUGGUGGUCGAGCGGAUCUGCAGGUGCCACAGAUUCUCAUGGUGAUCACAGAUGGGGAUGCUACCGACCGUAACAGUCUGGUUGCUCCAUCCAUGGCACUGCGAGACAAGGGGGUCAGUGUCUUUAGUAUCGGAGUUGAAGGAGCCAACAGGACACAGCUGGAGAUCAUGGCUGGUCACGACAUAUCAAGAGUUUUCUAUGUGGAUAACUUUGAUGCCCUGGAAACUCUGUACAAGAACAUUACUCAUGUCCUCUGCAAUACCACCAAACCAGUUUGUGAGAAACAGAAGGCUGACCUGGUCUUUCUACUCGAUCAGUCAGGCAGCAUCAACUCAAACGACUAUACCACCAUGAAGCAGUUCACCACAGAACUGGUGAAAAGCUUCAAAGUCAGUGAAAAUUUAAUGCACGUAGGACUUGCCCAGUUCAGCAGCACUUUCCAGAAUGAGUUUUACCUCAACCAGUUCUACAGCGAGCAAGCAGUGAGCAAGCACAUCUUGGACAUGAAGCAGCUCGGUGGAGGCACCAACAUCGGACUGGCCCUGGAUUCCAUCAGGGAUUACUUUGAGGCGUCACGUGGCGGCCGAAGAUCUGCCGGGAUCUCCCAGAAUCUGGUGCUGAUCACAGACGGUGAGUCGCAGGACGACGUCGAGGAGGCAGCUGACCGUCUCAAGGCUCUGGGGAUCGAGGUGUUUGCCAUCGGCAUCGGAAACGUCCACGAUCUGGAGCUCAAGCUGAUCACCGGCACCGCAGAGAGGCUGUUUACUGUGCAGAACUUCGGCAGCUUGGAAAAGAUCAAGCAAAAGGUGGUGGACACAAUCUGCAAAUCUAAACCCAUCAAAGAGCCCAGUGACUGCAGCAUUGACAUCGCCAUGGGAUUCGAUAUUUCUCGGAAAGACAGGGUUCCAGGUGAAAUGCUGAUCAGCGGCCACGACAAGCUCCGGGCCUUCCUGCCAGACAUCGUCCGUUACGUUUCUUCGGUACAAGGUCUGUGCUGCGUCGGUCCAGAACCUGUCAAGACCAACAUGGCCUUUCAAGUGCUAGGUAGAGAGGGACAGCGCUUGUACGACACAAACUUCGAGGCCUACAGCAGUGACACAGUGGAUAAAGUCAUGAGACUGCAGAUAUCAGAACCUACCUACUUCAACACCGCCCUGCUGAAGUCCUUCGAGGAGAAGUUCAGUGUCCAGUCCAAAGCUGGAGUGAAGGUGCUGGUGAUCUUCUCAGACGGACUGGAUGAGAACGUGAUGAAACUGGAGCAGGAAUCAGAGCUGCUGCGACAGUCUGGCGUCCAUGCUCUGCUGACGGUGGCCCUGGAUGGGGCCCGGGACCCGGCCCAGCUGCAGAUGGUGGAGUUUGGACGAGGGUUCGGAUACAAGCUUCCUCUCAGCAUCGGCAUGCAGAGCGUCGGCAGCACCGUCCUCCAACAGAUUGACGCGGUGUCAGACAAGGAGUGCUGCAACGUCAUGUGCAAAUGUUCGGGCCCUGAAGGUGUCCGUGGCUCUCGGGGCCCCCCGGGGUCAAAGGGUUUGUCUGGACAGAAAGGUUUCCCCGGGUUUCCAGGAGACGAAGGCGUCGCUGGGGAACGUGGCCGUCCUGGACCUGCUGGACCUCAGGGGGUCCAGGGUUGUUCUGGUCUCAGAGGAAUGAAGGGCUUCCGUGGUCUCCGUGGUAACAGGGGAGAACAAGGAGAAGACGGACUGGACGGAAUCAACGGAGAACAGGGACGGACGGGAAAGGACGGAGGUCCAGGACCGAGAGGAGACCCAGGAAACCCAGGUAUCCCAGGAAUCAGAGGGGAGGAGGGGCUUAAAGGACAGCGAGGACUCAGAGGAGAUCCGGGGGAACCGGGUGCUGAUAACACCAGACCAGGAGCCAAAGGAGAACCGGGGAACCCAGGUCUACCAGGGACACCUGGACAAGACGGACAGUCAGGUGAGAGUGGAGUGGUGGGAAACCGGGGUCCAGAUGGAAGAAGAGGAGGACUCGGUGAGAAGGGUACACCUGGAGAACCAGGAGCUGUAGGACUCCAGGGCAGCCCCGGUGCUUCAGGUCCUCAGGGUCCCAGAGGGGUCAGAGGUCAACCUGGACCAAGAGGGGUACUUGGACUUCCUGGAGCACAGGGAGGACCAGGACCAGCUGGAGCGCCGGGAUCAACCGGACGACGUGGAGCUAACGGACAGAAGGGCCAACCAGGAGAUCCAGGUGAUAAAGGUGUUCCAGGCUCACAGGGACCCAGAGGAAUGCCGGGUCAGGACGGUAAAGACGGGUACGGACCCUCAGGACCUAAAGGAGCUAAGGGAGAUCCUGGUUUCCCUGGAUACCCCGGUCUGCUGGGUGAGGACGGCCUGCAGGGACCUAAAGGACAUCCAGGACGCAAAGGGAACCCAGGACGAGGCGGAAACUCUGGCAGACCAGGAGAAUCAGGCGUGUCUGGAGAACCAGGAUAUCCAGGACACAAGGGUCCCAGAGGUCAACCAGGGAAAACAGAAAAGACUGAGUGUCAGCUGAUCACCUACAUCAGAGACAACUGUGCGUGCUCCCUCGGUGAGUCAGAGUGCCCGGCCUACCCCACCGAGCUGGUGUUGGGUCUGGACAUGUCGGAGGACGUGACCCCGGCAGCCUUUGAGAGGCAGCGCUCCGUCCUCCUGUCCCUGCUGGAGGACAUCGCCGUCUCCGAGAGCAACUGUCCGACGGGCGCUCGCGUGGCCGUGGUGGGUUACAGCGCCUACACCAAGUACCUGAUCCGCUUCCAGGACUACCACCGCAAGACUCAGCUGAUCGAGUCCGUGAAGAACAUCGCCCUGGAGAGGACGUCCAACCGGCGGCAGCUGGGGGCCGCCAUGCGCUUCGUGGGUCAGAACGUCUUCAAGCGGGUCCGAGCAGGAAUGCUGAUGAGGAAGGUGGCGGUCUUCCUCUCCAACGGACCCUCGCCAGAUGUUAGCGACAUCGCCACCGCAGUGAUGGAGUACCGGGCCCUCGGCAUCGUCCCGGCAGUCAUCUCUCUGAGGAACGCUCCUGCUGUUGGUCGAGCCAUGGAGGUCGACGACUCAGGAAGCUCCAUCUUCACCGUUCUGGGGAGAGACAUGGCUGCCGACCUGAAGAAGGUCAAGAGCUGUGCCGUCUGUUACGACCCCUGCCAGCGUUCGGAGCGGUGCUCCUUCAUCCAGGAACCGGUGAAGCCCCAGGAAGUAGACAUGGACCUGGUCAUGGUAGCGGACAGCUCCAGGGAGAUUCAGGCUGACGAGUUCGCCGGCAUCCAGCAGCUGCUGGGCUCUGUGGUGGAACAGCUGGCCGUGAGCCCGCAGCCCGGCAGGCCCGGAAACCAGGCCCGGGUGGCCUUGGUCCACCAGAGCAGCGCCCAGGCUACCAAGGUAGAUUUUGACCUCGGGUCCUACCAGACUAGCUCCAUGAUGAAGAACCACCUGAUCCAGAACUUCAAACAGCAGGGCGGCUCUUUGUCGCUGGGACGGACGCUGGAGUUCACCCUGCAGGAGGUGCUCCUGAAGGCAGUCCAGCCCCGGAGGAGGAGGGUGCUGCUGACCGUGGUCGGCACCCAGACGGCUCACGAGGACCGAGCCAAGCUGCGCUACAUCUCCCAGAAGGCCAAGUGUGAAGGGGUGGCGGUGUUCGUGGUGACGGUCGGAGAUCGUUACGACCGGACGCAGGUUGAGGAGCUGGCCAGUCCGCCUUUGCAGCAGCACCUGAUCCACAUGGGCCGUCUGAGGGCUGACGAGCAGGGCUACGCCCAGCGCUUCUUCAGGGUCUUCCUCUCCGCCCUCAACAAGGGAAUGAACACGUAUCCUCCUCCUUCUUUAAAACGGACAUGUGACCAGCUGACGGCUCAAAAUGAAGGACAGAUAUUCACAAACAGUCAGGGGACGGUCGUGAUGAAAGAUGAGGAGUUCAGGGAGCAAGAGGAGGACAGGUUUCAAGAGCAGGCGGGAGGACGGACUCAGAGCGGACAGCUGGAUGUCAUCGACAGCCUGACCCGAGGACACGGACAGAGAUUUGUCUCCCUGUCCAACGCCCAGUGUCAGCUGGAUGCUGAUACUGGUAUCCAGUGUGAGGACUAUGUCCAAGUGUGGUUCUUUGACAAACACAUCGGUGCAUGCUCUCCCAUCUGGUUUGGCGGUUGCGGCGGAAACGCCAACCGCUUUAACUCGGAACAUGAAUGUUUCCGGACAUGUGGCGCUCAUAAUCCAAACAUCCUGCCGACUCCGGAGCUGGCCGGCUUCGUCUCCAAAGACAGCUGUCUCCUCAGCCAGGACCAGGGCGGCUGCCAGAACUACACCAUGAUGUGGUUCUUUGACAGCCAGCAGAGGGAAUGUUCUCGCUUCUGGUACGGCGGCUGCGGUGGCAACGAGAACCGCUUCAAGACGCAGGACGAGUGUGAGAACCUCUGCGUGACGAAGAGUCGAUGAGGAGGAUCAGCACUGAAACACACUGAAGCCCCGUCUCCGUGAUCUAAAGCCUUCACAGCUCACUAGAUUCUGUUUGAGUUCACUCUCAUAACUUUAACAGCUUUUCACUCGUUCGUCUCUUUGGGUUUUUCUCUUGAACGUUGUGUUUGGUUCCAUCAGAACUCGUUCUUUAGACCCUCAACAUUUAGCAAAAGAACCCUGUAGAACUUCUGGACGUUGGGUCAACAUGACGGACGCUGUGGCUCACUUUUUCUUUUGCUUCACUUCAGUUGUUUUAUGAAGCCGCUGGAAACUCAUGUUCACACGUUUAUGAGUGAAUAUAUAUCGAAAAGAAUGUUGACCCACUGAAGUGUGUUCAUGUGAAAUAUUUAACUUCACCACGUUUGAUCUGAGUCUCUGUAGGAGAACGUUACUCUGCAGGUAAAGAUGCUCCCUUCAUUUUUAUUCUACAACCUUAUUAUCAUGUAAUCUUAGGAUUUUAAUUUUCUCCAAUUCUUAAAGUUUUUAUGAUAAACCCUUAUUUUACCAUUUAUUGCACCGUUUUAUUAUAAAUAAGUGUUUGUAGUUCAGCUUUCAGAGUUUAUAACACUAAUAUGAACCUGUAGUGGCUUCAGAACAGUCUGUCUGUCUGUCUGUCUGUCUGUCUGUCUGGACCUGGAGUUCACUGACUGUGGUUUAUCAAACCAACCAAUGGUGCUUCAUGUAAAAAACAACAAUAAAGACUUAAAACGUU